UAAUUAUCCUAUUGUUUUUAACUAAACCUUUUGUUUUUCUAUGUGUGUGUGUUUUUACUUUUAUCACGAUAUGCACGUGGUAACCCAGAAGGUAAAAUGAAAUCUCUUGAUCUCUCUGCUAAUUCUUCUUCGCUCCCAAGAGGCAUUUUCGUUAUUAGUUUAUAUAAAAGUCCUUUGUUUACACACACAACCCAAUAUAUAUAAUAUCGUGCAUAUCUAUAUGAAUGUAUAUAGAGAUGUGGCCUAUCUGUUGUUGAUGAUGGUGCAAUUAUAUAAUCAUUAUCAUUUGGGUGCUUUUGUACAAAUCUUAUCUAUCUAUCAUUAACCUGUUUCACUCAUAUCAUCAUCUCUCUCACUCCUUUGUAAGAAUCCUCUCUUCCCUCUCUUUUUUCAUCUUAGGGUUUAUUUAUUUAUUUGAAUUUUUACUAUGAUUUAUUGAGUUGGAUAGUUUCAUUGUUUAUGUAGAGCUUUGAUGGUAUCUCUGUUUCCUUAAAAAUGUGAGUGUUAGUACUUCUUACAGUCCAAAGCUGAUCUCUUUCUUUUCUUAAGAGUUUAGAUUCUUGUUUACAUGUAGAGUUGCUGAAAAAACUGAGGUGGAAAAACAGAGGAAGCAUAAUGGCACUUACUUGGACUCAUAAAGACAGAGGAGAAAUUAGGGUUCAUGAGAAUUUGGAGGAACUAAGUAUUGACUUGGUAGAUUAUAUAGCUGAGAUAUCAGAAGCAUCAAUUAAAGACCAUGGUGCUUUCUGCAUUGUGUUAUCAGGAGGCUCUCUCAUUAGCUUGAUGGGAAAAUUGAUCGAGCCGCCUUACGACAAGAUUGUGGAUUGGGCGAAAUGGUAUGUUUUUUGGGCGGAUGAGCGCGUAGUAGCUAAGAGUCAUGACGAUAGCAACUACAAGCUCGCCAAAGACAAUCUCCUCUCCAAGGUAAAUGUGUUUCCAAGACAUAUAUGUUCCAUUAACGACACAGUUUCAGCAGAGGAAGCUGCAGCAGAGUAUGAGUUCGCCAUCAGGCAGAUGGUGAGAACACGAACGGUGGCUGCGUCUGAUAACAGUGAUUGUCCCAAGUUUGAUCUGAUCUUGCUUGGGAUGGGUUCAGAUGGGCAUGUAGCCUCGCUCUUCCCAAACCACCCUGCACUUGUGGUGAAGGACGAUUGGGUCACAUUCCUAACUGACUCUCCUAAACCGCCACCAGAGAGAAUUACAUUCACUUUGCCUGUCAUUAACUCAGCUGCUAAUGUUGUUGUAAUAGCAACAGGCGAAUCCAAAGCUAAUGCUAUCCACUUAGCUAUCGAUGAUUUGCCCAUAUCAGAGAGCUCUUUGUCCCUGCCUGCAAGGCUAGUCCACCCAAGCAACGGGAAUCUGAUCUGGUUUAUGGAUAAACCAGCGGGGUCUAAACUUGACCAGGUUUAAAUUUUCCGAGUAGGAUUUAGAUUU